UUAUCCAAAUUAGUAAAACUUGAAAAAAAUUACCAAAAAAAAAAGUGGUGAGUCUUGACUAGUCUCGGACUCGUCGCCCACAUAUCCAAUAUAGUUAAGUUAACCCUCAUUCUCAUUUCUUAAACUCCCCCCAUUAUUAAUAUUUUUAUUAUUCCCCCAUUUUUUCUUUUUUUAUUUAUUUCAAAUUUCUCUCUCCUUCUUCAACCUCCUGACUUUCUCAAUUUUCUCCAUUUUUAUUUCCCAGAAAUUCUCUGUAAUUUUUUAAUUUUAUCGGAUAAUUCUCUAGAACAAUGGAUAUUGGAGCGCAGUACAACCCUCGAACUGUUGAAGAAGUUUUUAGAGAUUUUAAGGGUCGUCGUGCUGGUUUGAUUAAGGCUCUCACUAAUGACGUUGAGGAAUUCUACCAACAGUGUGACCCAGAGAAAGAAAACCUUUGCUUGUACGGAUUCCCCAGUGAGCAGUGGGAAGUCAAUCUUCCUGCUGAAGAGGUACCUCCUGAGCUUCCUGAGCCUGCUUUGGGCAUAAAUUUUGCAAGGGAUGGGAUGCAGGAGAAGGAUUGGCUAGCUCUGGUUGCUGUUCACAGUGAUGCCUGGUUGCUUUCUGUUGCAUUCUACUUCGGAGCUAGGUUUGGGUUUGAUAAAGCUGAAAGGAAGCGGUUGUUUCAUAUGGUUAAUGAACUCCCUACUAUAUUUGAGGUUGUGACCGGCUCUGCUAAGAAUAAACCAGUGAAAGAGAGAUCUUUGACUCCUAAUCACAGCAACAACAAGCCAAAGUCAAACUCUAACUCCAAAUCGGGCAACAAGUACUCAAAGGUUACUCCACAGAAGGUGGAGGAAGAAGAGGAGGGCUUAGAAGAUGAUCAGGAUGAGGAUGAGCACGGGGAUACUCUUUGUGGGGCAUGCGCAGAAAGCUAUGCAUCAGAUGAGUUCUGGAUUUGCUGUGACAUAUGCGAAACGUGGUUCCAUGGAAAGUGUGUGAAGAUCACUCCCGCCAGAGCUGAGCACAUCAAGCAGUACAAAUGCCCUUCUUGCAGUAACAAGAGAGCUCGACCGUGAAUACAUGAAACCCACAUUGUUGCCUGACAUGGGGUACCAAGUUAACCUUCGCUCCUGUCCAUUAGUUAUGUAUGCUCUUAUCGGCUACAACUUGUGCAUGUCUCUAGAACUUCUCUUAGGAUCUAGGAUCUUUGGUAGUAGACCUGAACUUAUUAAGCCUGUAGAUUAUACCUCAUUGAGGUCGAUAAAUUUUCUAUUAUUAGUUUAAUCCUAAUUAUUGUCUGCAAACAUAAUUAGUUCAAUAGUACUUAAUUUUGCAGACAAGUAUUUAAGUUUUCAAGUGUAUUGCAUCAACUUACUAGGAUUUUUCAAAGAAAAUGACUGGAAUUAUUUUGUUCGGGCCACUUA